GCGCGCUCGCCCGUCGUCGUCUAAAAAAUCACCAUCGGGGCGAUUAUUCCUCGGACGCCCCGCGAAUGGAACAAUCGGCGCGAGCGUGCGCCGGGCGGCGACGACGGAGGAGACCAGGAGCCCGUGGACGGACCCCGCGCCGCCCCCGAGCAGUGCUUGUGAACCCGCGCGCUCCGACUGGCAACCCCCCUGGGUCAGGCGCGCGCUGCUCGGCACCGCCGUCGUCGUCGCCGCGGUCGCGUACAUCGCCGCGGUCUCCGUCCACUACACCGAGGCGAUGGCUGCGGACGUGAUGGACGUGAACGAGCCCUCGAUCAUGAACCUGAAGCUCAAACCCCGCACGCAGGAGGUCAUCUUGGAGACCAAGGCUGAGCACAUCAACGAGGACUUCUCGCACGAGGACCUCGUGGGUGCCAUCUACACCGAGGGCGACCUGCGGGGGAGCGAUUUUAGCGGAUCGGACCUCCGCGCGGCCAUCUUCAGCCGAGCCGUCAUGCCCGGGGUGAACCUGGAGGGCGCGGACAUGUCCAACUCUUUCCUGGAUUACGUGGUGCUGCGUGGAAGCAACAUGCGGGGGGUGAUCGCGAGGGAGGCCAACUUCGUUCGCUCGGAUCUCGGCGACUGCGACGUCACAGACGCAGACUUCACCGAGGCUGUCAUCGACCGGUACCAGGCCAUCGGGCUGUGCGACAGCGCGAGCGGGACGAACCCGUUCACGGGCGUGGACACGAGGGACUCGCUCGGGUGCGAGCGGCUCAAGCGUUACGAGGGCUUUAACAAGGAAAACUCCAAGGUGGCGGUGUCCAAGGGCUCGGGGACGUGGGGAGGCGCUGCGAACUGAUCUUCUAUAACCGACGGCGAACCGAUCUAUCACAACUGACGCCGCUCGCGAACGGCACUCUGUAAUUUCCAAAAUAUUACCUUCG